UUGGCAAUUUGGUACAUUUCCUAUGUCCACAUCAUUAGCUCUGCGGCUAAAGUCUUCUGGAAUAUCGAAAACAAUAUGACCAAAAUAAGCAAUGAACUCUGGCUAAUGUGAUCCAACGAAUAACAUUCAAAUAUUUAUAGUCAUAGUCAAUCUGUUCAAAACACUUGGAUUAGAAGAAGAAGUUGCAGGCACCUUAAUUACAUAAGUGAUGAUAUGGUUGUUGUCACUGAUUGUGCGUGAAACCGGUCUGACUAAAAAUACGAAAGACUAGUCCAUGUGAUUAAAAUUAAAUUGUCGUUAAAAAUGUUUACAUCCAGUCAUUGCAGUUCAGUCAAUGAUUAUAUCAUUCAUUAGUUGAUACGGCGUGACCGAUCUGCGACUUAAACUCUAAACCGGAUAUAUUUUCAAAGUUUAUUCAGUACAAUUAAAGGUUUCGACCCGACAGAUAUAUUUGCUGUCUGGGGAAUUCUUGCUGUCAUUAUUCAGAAGUGUGCCUGCCCUGUGACAUCGAAAAUUGUACUUUGAGAGUAGCGAAAAUCUGAGUUCUGUUUGUGUACAUUAAACGGAGUGACGUUGGCUGUUGAUAAAUAUUCAAGUACCAGACAGUCUGUGCCGUACCGUCUGUGCAAACAGUUAAAGGCGUGAGGUGAUUAUACAGAGCUAUAAAGCGUCCAUAGCAACAAAAGCGUCAGAAGACUGAAUACGUUGAUCGAAAGUUGAGCUGAAAUGAUUUCAAAAUUAAAAUCUUACAACAACACUCAAGUGUAUGUAAACGAAUCAUCUGCUAAUGCGACUGGAACCACGAUAGAACUAAAGCAAUUAAAAUUUGAAUUCUCAAGAAUUGCCAUCAUCUCCGUUCAUGGCGAUCCAGCUAUCGACUUUGGGAAAGAAGAAGCAGGUGGUCAGAACGUCUAUGUGAGAAACAUUGGAGAGGAGCUAGCAAGGCUUGGCUGGGUGGUUGACAUGUUUACCCGAAAAGUGAGCCCACAUCAAGAAACCAUCGUCCAACAUUCGCCCAAUUGUAGAACAAUCAGGCUACAGGCUGGACCAUUAUGUUUUGUUCCUCGAGACACUCUAUUCGAGCAUGCGCUGGAUUUCGUGCAAAACUUUUUAAAUUUCGAAUGUCAAAACAAAAUCCUUUAUCCAAUCAUUCAUUCAAACUACUGGAUCUCGGGAUGGGUUGGUAUGCAGUUGUGCCGCAUUCAGGGUAGUAAGCAAUUGCAUACUUACCACUCGCUGGGCUGCAUCAAAUACAUUACAAUGGGCAAUCUUCCGAAAGUUGCCGAAACUCGACUCCAGGUAGAAAAGGAACUUUUAGAGAAGACUAAUUGUAUAAUUGCCACGUCACCCGAAGAAGCCUUGCACAUGAGAACUUAUGUGAGUGAAAAAGGAACCAUCGAAAUAAUACCGUGCGGUACUGACAUCCAGCAUUUUGGAAGAACGAGCCGAAGUCGUGCUAGACAACAAUUGAACUUCAAUUCAAGCGAUAAAAUCGUAUUAUAUGUCGGUCGUUUCGAUUAUCGCAAAGGCAUCGAGACAUUAAUUCGUGCAGUCAAUAUCAGUAAGUUCAGAAAUGAUUCGUCAUUGAAAUUGGUUAUCGCUGGAGGUUGGACAGAAGGUGGUGCAGAUGGCAAAGAAAGAGAACGUCUUAUACAAAUCGUCAAAGAAUGCAACCUGGAAGGGAUCACAAACUUUGCGGGUCAAUUGGGAUCUUCAAAUCUACAUCUUUACUAUGCAGCCGCUGAUUGUUGUGUCGCACCAUCUCAUUACGAGCCCUUCGGACUGGUGCCAAUCGAAGCCAUGGCAUCGUGUACACCUGUUGUUGCAUCGAAUGUCGGUGGUCUCAAAUAUACCAUAGUUCAUGGCACAACUGGUUAUUUAUGUCCGCCGAAAGGUGAUGUCGAAUUCGCACGCGCAAUCGAUACGAUUUUAAGUUCUGAUGAGUUGAGAGAUACAUUGGGAAAGAAUGGAGCGGAAAGAGUUAGUAUGAUGUUUAAGUGGCAAAAUGUUUGCGAUAAGUUGUCUGUGCAAUACAAAAAAUAUGCUGAGGAAUUGCAUGAUUUGUGUUAAAUAGUGCAGCUCUUUUCGCUGAUCCUCAGAGUCAAUCAUUUCUAUUUUGUAAUCAC